AUGGUUAUGAGCCUUAGAGUUUCUGAACUCCAAGUAUUGUUGGGCUACGCUGGGAGAAACAAGCACGGACGCAAACACGAACUUCUCACAAAAGCUCUGCAUUUACUCAAGUCCGGCUGUAGUCCUGCUGUACAAAUGAAAAUUAAAGAACUCUAUAGGCGGCGGUUCCCCCAGAAAAUCAUGACGCCUGCAGACUUAUCUAUCCCCAAUGUACAUUCAAGUCCUAUGCCAGCAACUUUGUCUCCAUCUACCAUUCCACAACUCACUUACGACGGUCACCCUGCAUCUUCACCAUUACUCCCUGUUUCUCUUCUGGGACCUAAACACGAACUAGAACUCCCGCAUCUUACAUCAGCUCUUCACCCAGUCCAUCCGGAUAUAAAACUUCAAAAACUACCAUUUUAUGACUUACUGGAUGAACUGAUAAAGCCCACCAGUCUAGCAUCAGACAACAGUCAGCGCUUUCGAGAAACCUGUUUUGCCUUUGCCUUGACCCCGCAACAAGUGCAGCAGAUCAGUAGCUCCAUGGAUAUUUCCGGGACCAAAUGUGACUUCACAGUGCAGGUCCAGUUAAGGUUUUGUUUAUCUGAAACCAGUUGUCCACAGGAAGAUCACUUCCCACCCAAUCUUUGUGUGAAAGUGAAUACAAAACCUUGCAGCCUUCCAGGUUACCUUCCACCUACUAAAAAUGGUGUGGAACCAAAACGACCCAGCAGACCAAUUAAUAUCACCUCACUUGUCCGACUGUCCACAACAGUACCAAACACCAUUGUUGUUUCUUGGACUGCGGAAAUUGGAAGAACCUAUUCCAUGGCAGUAUAUCUUGUAAAACAGUUAUCCUCAACAGUUCUUCUUCAGAGGUUACGAGCAAAGGGAAUAAGGAAUCCGGAUCAUUCUAGAGCUUUAAUUAAAGAGAAACUGACUGCGGAUCCAGACAGUGAAAUUGCUACAACCAGCCUAAGGGUUUCUCUACUAUGUCCACUUGGUAAAAUGAGGCUGACAAUUCCAUGCCGAGCCCUCACAUGUUCUCAUCUGCAGUGUUUUGAUGCAACUCUUUAUAUUCAGAUGAAUGAGAAAAAACCAACUUGGGUCUGUCCUGUCUGUGAUAAGAAAGCCCCAUAUGAGCACCUGAUUAUUGAUGGCUUGUUUAUGGAAAUCCUAAAGUACUGUACAGACUGUGAUGAAAUACAGUUUAAGGAAGAUGGCUCCUGGGCACCAAUGCGAUCAAAAAAGGAAGUACAGGAAGUUUCUGCCUCUUACAAUGGAGUUGAUGGAUGCUUGAGUUCCACUUUGGAACAUCAGGUGUCUUCUCACAACCAGUCCUCCAGUAAAAACAAGAAAGUCGAGGUUAUUGACCUAACCAUAGACAGCUCAUCUGAUGAAGAGGAGGAAGAGCCAUCUGCCAAGAGAACGUGUCCUUCCCUUUCUCCCACCUCACCGCUAAACAAUAAAGGCAUUUUAAGUCUUCCACACCAAGCAUCUCCAGUAUCCCGCACCCCAAGCCUUCCUGCUGUAGACACGAGCUACAUCAACACCUCCCUCAUCCAAGACUACAGGCAUCCUUUCCACAUGACACCCAUGCCUUAUGACUUACAAGGAUUAGAUUUCUUUCCUUUCUUGUCAGGAGACAAUCAGCAUUACAACACCUCCCUGCUCGCCGCUGCGGCCGCCGCGGUCUCUGAUGACCAGGACCUGCUGCACUCGUCACGCUUUUUCCCAUAUACCUCCUCCCAGAUGUUCCUUGACCAGCUCAGUGCAGGAGGCAGCACAUCCCUGCCAGCCACCAAUGGGAGCAGCAGCGGCAGCAACAGCAGCCUUGUGUCUUCCAACAGCCUGAGGGAGAGCCACAGCCACACAGUGGCCAGCAGGAGCAGCACAGACGCGGCGUCCGUCUUCGGCAUCAUACCGGACAUUAUCUCCCUGGACUGAGCCCUCGCCCACUGGUCCUGCCCUGUCCUGAGGGAUUCAGCUGGCAGGAAGAAGAGAACUUUAUGCUGUUUUACCUUAUUCUGUUUAGAAAAGUUCACAAGUGUGUUUUUUUUUCCUUUUUUUAGGGAAAAAAUUAAAAGAAAUGUACAGAGAACAAAACUAUAUUUUCAGUUUUACUUUUGUAUAUAAAUCUAAGACUGCCUGUCUGAUAAAACACUUGUUUAAAAAAAAAAAAAGAAAGAAAAGAAAAAACAAGCAUCCAUAAACCACCUUCAGUUCAUUUUUUCUGGAUUCUGAAGAUUUUUUUCCAUCAUGUGUCCUAUGGUUUUGGUUUUAUUUUACUUCAAUGGCAUUAUUUUAUUUGCAAUAACAAAAAGAAUUGCAUGUAUGAAGUUUUAAAUUUGGGGCUUUGUUGUGGGGAGGGGGUAGGGAGAUAGUUUGAUUUCCAUUUUUUUAAGAUGACAGACUUGCAUUUUGUUUGUUUGUGUGUGUGUGCAUAAUUUUAUCCAACCUUAAGUUAUAAAUCUCAUCUGUCCCACUGCAUUCCCUAUGUAUUUUCAGGACAUAGCUCAUGGGUAUGCGUGUUAAGUGUGUGUGUUUGUAUUUUUCUGUCUUUACUGUCCCUCCCUCCUGAGUUUGCAUUUAGUUCCUCUAUCAGUUGCCUGCUUCUUUUUAAAGUGCUUUGAAGGUCUUGAACUUACAUGUGAGUAUCUUAACAACUACCCCAGUUGCAUGUGUCCAUGACAUAUUCUCUCUGACUUGCUAUGUACCCCCUGAGAAUAUGCUUUCAGGAUAUUGGAAUAAUGCUGUCUGGGUAAGGAGUAGGCCUAACAGACCUGUGAGUAAUACACUUUAGCCUAGUUCGUAAUUCUAAACCUAGAUUGCCAGUAUUGUGUAUUUAAACCAAGUCUGUGAAUACCUGCUUUUUUGGCCACAGGGUAACAAGUUUUCAUGUAAGAUCUCAUGCCAAAGUAGGAAGCAAAAAUAGCCUAGAGAGCCCUGUUGGGUGUCUCGUACAGCUGACAGAAGAAAGAUUAUGUCACAAAGUAAGAGAGACGAGUCAGUUAUCCUAAAAGUUAAUUCUUUUUGGAAAUACAGUGCACCACACAUGUGGAUCUAUUGAAACCUACUAUUUGAUAAUCAGUUAAAAUUUAAAAGAGGUUUAAACCUCAGCCAUUUUUCUUCUCUGGUUCUUAACUUCUUAGACUAUGUACCUUGCUUAUUUUUAUACCUUGUUUAUUUUGUCUUCAUCUUUUAAUGACAAGCAUGACAUAGGAAAGUCUUUUUUUUUUUUGGUACUGAGGAUUGAACUCAAGUCCUUGUGCUUGCGAGGCAGGCAGCGGAACCACUGAGCUAAAUCCCCAGCCCCGGAAAGUCAAUUUUUUAAAAUUCGUGGAUCAGUCUUAAUAGUGGAACAUGUAAAUAUAUUGAAAGCUGUUUUUCAGGAAAUAAGGGUUGAAGGGAAGGAAAAAUGGUUCUAUUGUGUUACAGAAUCCUCAUCAGAGAUGAUACUACAUUCUCAGUUGUGGGAAAUAUGCUUCAGUUAAUUGAGAGUACAGGUUUAAGGAAAGAUGAAGGAGCAUAACGAUUGCCAGUUUUCUAGAUUGGAUUUUUUCUGUCAAAGCUGUUAAUGUUCUGAGUUGAUGAAGGAUCACCUUUGCGUAUAAACUUGUCAUUUGAAACUUUGCCUUGAUAACAAAAAGACCUACUUAAUCUGGGUAGAAUUUAAAAUGGCUAUAUCUUCAGUUGUAUGAUAAAAUUAAUGGUUCACAUGACUGUGUGGUGUCUAAAAAUAAUAUCUUUUUACAGCAAUCUGUUACUAAAUUGUUGACUUGAAUUUUGAAAAAAAAGUUGGUGUCGAUGUAUAUAUGUGUGUGUGUAUAUAUGUAUUUAUAAAUAAGUGCGUGUGGGUAACAAGUGCGUUACAUAGUCUUCCCCUGUGCAUGUGUAUUCCACACAUCAAUGGCCAAGUUAUAGUCACAAAACAAUUUGCAAUAAAAAAAAAAACAGGUUCAUUGUCCGUUAAAACAGGAAAUAGUUAAGUUUUUAAAUGAAUCUGGUGUUGUGUAAACACUUCAAAAAGUCUUACUGUCAUACUAAUUUAGGCUAAUUUCAAGUAGUAUCAUAAUUUGUGUCUAAAUUUAGACUGGGAUAGAAAUUACUAAAAUUGUGGAGCAUAUUUUUUCUGAUUUUUACAUUGCUAUAGAAAACUUAUAUUCAGCUACCUAAGAUAAAGUGAUAGUUCCUUUUUUUUGGUUUUUGUUUUCAGUCAUUGUUAGUGGUCUGAAAAUUCUGAUUAAUAACCUCAUGUACAAUGCUGAAUUAGCAGCUCUUUGAAUGAUCCAGUCAAAAACCCAUACCUUUACUUCUUUCAGCCCAGUUCUGGGGUGGGGCAGCUUAAUCUGCCUCCAUAUCCUGCAUUAUACCGACCCAAGGGAAGAAUCGGUAAUAGGGAGAAAUCAUUGUCUGUCCACUGGCUGUGAUCAUGACCCCACGGAGACCUGACCAUUCAGUAGUCAUACUUUGUUCAUUCCUUCUAUGAGGAGUUCCUGCUUCAGUUGUUGAUUUUCUAAAGUGUAUGAAUUAAUAGUUAUCCUUGUGUUGGUAUCACGGUCCAUAAGAGUUACUCAGACUUUCAUGAUCUGUCAUAAUUUUCAGUUGAGUCGUGUACUAUAUCUAAGUUUUUAAAAAAAGCAUGUAGUCACUUUCUCUCUUUUCUUCCUUAGCCCACCCUCACUCCCCAGCCCAGGCUGACAUUGCUGUGCUCUCUGUGGACAAAGAGCGAUUCUCAGACUCUAGGCAAGUUGCCAGCAGCCCCGUGGCCUCAGUCUUUCAUAAUAGUGUGCAUAUGUUCGUAUUUCUGUACAGUACUGCUGUGUGCGUGUGUGUAUGUGUGUGUGUAUCUUUAUGCACACAACAAUCAGCUGACUAGCAGGGUGGACAUGGCUUUGAUUCCUAUGUGGGCAUUAUUGGACACCUUUUAAAAAAUAUAGUCUGAAAUUUAAUCAUGCCAAAUACUUGGUUGACUAGUUUAUUAUGACAUAAAGGUUUCCUAUUACUAAUUUAGACUCAUAAAUUCACCAUCAUUACUGACUUAAGAUUUACUUAAGUUUCUGAAAAAUGUUUUUUUUGGUAGAGUUUCCUUUGAGACAGUAUGUGAAGUUAAAAAUAUAUUCCAGUUGUAAAUUAAGUGUGGAAUGAACAUUAUUUUGAAAGUUUCAAUUUUAAAUACAUAAAACUUACAGGAUCUUCAAGGCUUUAGAAAGCACAUUUGAAUUUAUUUUAGUAAUUGUUUUAUCAAUACAUGUUGACUUUUUUUUUUUUUCAAUUAAACACAAUGCUUAGAUUUCAGAAAGAGGGAGGGAGAAUAGCUGGUGGUCCCAGAGUGUGCUGCUGUUGUUUAAUUAACAGGGGGAAAAUGUA